CGGAAACGAGUCGACAGCUGGCGGAAAUGACGUAUGUUGUGUUGACGCGAGGUGUUUUCUGGGAAAGUGUCAGGACGCCAUUUCCACCACAGAAGAGUUAGCUCUGCCAGGCUUGUUCUUUUGGAAAAGCCCCAACUUUUGAAGCCACCAUGGCAAGCCCGGGUAAAGACAACUACAGGAUGAAGAGCUACAAGAACAAAGCACUGAAUCCUCAAGAGAUGCGCCGAAGGAGGGAGGAAGAAGGAAUCCAGUUGCGCAAACAGAAACGGGAAGAGCAGCUUUUUAAGAGGAGGAAUGUCAGUGCACAUUCAGUGGACGAGACAAUGUCAGAAUGUCCGAUCCAGGAUCCAGACAUCAGCUCGACUGUACCCGUUGCCAGCGUAAGUCAGGAUGGACUCAUAACACCGGAUAUGAUUCAGAUGAUCUUCUCUGAAGACCCAGACCAUCAGUUAAUUGCCACACAAAAAUUCAGAAAACUGCUUUCAAAAGAACCGAACCCUCCCAUAGACGAGGUUAUUGCCACGGCCGGCGUUGUCAAUCAGUUUGUUGAGUUCCUGAAGAGGAGUGAAAACUGCACAUUGCAGUUUGAGGCAGCCUGGGCUUUAACCAACAUUGCCUCUGGGACCUUCCUGCACACCAAAGUUGUGAUUGAAACCGGAGCUGUGCCCAUUUUCAUCCAGCUGCUGAACUCUGAGUAUGAGGACGUCCAGGAACAGGCGGUGUGGGCUUUGGGGAAUAUCGCUGGAGAUAAUGCAGAAUGCAGAGACUAUGUGCUCAGCUGUGACAUCCUCCCGUUUCUGCAGCAGCUACUUGCAAAGUCCAACCGUCUCACGACAACCAGAAAUGCUGUUUGGGCUCUGUCCAACUUGUGCCGCGGGAAGAACCCCCCACCAGAUUUUUCCAAGGUGUCGCCGUGCCUUAGUGUGCUGUCCAGGCUUCUCUUCAGCAGCGAUCCAGAUGUGCUGGCUGAUGCUUGCUGGGCUCUGUCUUACCUGUCCGAUGGCCCCAAUGAGAAGAUCCAGACAGUUAUUGACUCUGGUGUCUGUCGCAGGCUGGUGGAGCUGCUCAUGCACAGUGACUAUAAGGUGGUCUCUCCUGCUUUGCGGGCAGUGGGCAACAUCGUCACAGGAGAUGACAUUCAGACACAGGUGAUCUUGAACUGUGCAGCACUGCCUUGUUUGCUACACCUGCUCAGCAGUCCCAAGGAGUCUAUCAAAAAGGAGGCCUGCUGGACUGUGUCCAACAUCACAGCCGGAAACAGAGCUCAGAUUCAAAAUGUGAUUGAUGCCAACAUCUUCCCAGUACUGAUUGAGAUUCUUCAGAAGGCAGAGUUCCGCACUAGGAAAGAGGCAGCGUGGGCAAUAACCAACGCUACCUCUGGUGGAACCCCGGCACAAAUAAGAUACCUGGUUUCCUUGAACACCAUCAAACCCAUGUGUGACCUUUUAACGGUGAUGGACUCCAAGAUUGUGCAGGUAUCUCUGAAUGGUCUGGAGAACAUCCUCCGACUGGGAGAACAGGAGUCCAAACAGAACGGAACCGGCAUCAACCCUUACUGUGCCCUCAUUGAGGAGGCUUAUGGCCUGGACAAGAUCGAAUUCCUGCAGAGCCACGAGAACCAGGAGAUCUACCAGAAGGCCUUCGACCUGAUUGAACACUACUUUGGUGUGGACGAGGAGGACGCCAGCCUGGCGCCACAGGUGGACCAGGGUCAGGGCCAGUUUAUCUUCCAGCAGCAGGAAGGACCCAUGGAGGGUUUCCAGCUCUAACCCUGAAACAAGGAUCCCGGGUCCUGACCUUAUUGGGGCCAGGUGUCGACAAAGGAACUUCUGUGAAGAGACAUGAUUGGUAACCGAUAAAUUGGAGAGAACUUUGGACUCUGGGACGUUGCCCUGGCGUGUGGAAGCCUACACCCGUUAACAACUCCCGAUCUGCCACAAUUUCAUCCGAUAUUAUUUGUAUCAUCCAGCGCUACUUGUUUUUUAGUGGAAUAAUAAUUCUACCCUAUUUGAAUGUGUAACUACCUCUUCAGCCAAUCAGCGACCAGGUGGUGUUUUUAUUUGAUUACCAUUGAUGGACACUUGUGUGCGCUCUUUCUUGACUUCCUUAUUUGCCUUGAAAGGAGCUUCUGUUGUGUUCCACUCCAACUUCACCUACAGAGUUUGUGUGUCCUUGUCUUUCCUCGAGCGUUGCAAAUCAUGCAGACGUGCACUCUGCACGGGCGACAUCAUCGAUGUUUCAUCAUUUGUUCAUCAUGUGAGAGUGUAAAGAAAGUUGAAAUGUUAAUAUAUGUCGUCACGAUUGUGAUGUUUGAUUUUGA